AUGCAUACUUCCCGACUACUCCGAUCGGCGAUCUCGUUAUUGACCUUAUCAACUCAACUUCAUUUCUCUGCGGCAUCGCCGGUGGAUUUCGACGAGGCCAGCCUGGAAAAGCGCUGCGAAAACCCUUGUGGCUAUUACGGUCAGGUCUGCUGUACCAGCAGCCAGACAUGCAGUACGAGUAAUGGCCAAGCGGUCUGCGAAGACGGCGGCGGCAGCGACGGCGGCGGAUGGGAAUACCACACGACCACCUGGGUCGUCACCGAGACUGACACCUCGACUUUCACCUCAACAUGGAAAACGCGAGCCCCGAAACCAACAGCAACCGGGGGUGGCGGCUCGGGCAGUUGCAAGUCCGACCUUGGCGAGACGGUUUGCGGCAACACCUGCUGCGGAGCUGCAUAUGUCUGUUCCAACGACCAAUGUAUCAUGGGCAGUUCCUCCAUCUGGGCCACCGCUACAGCCCUGCCUCCUGUGAGAGGCACCAGUGCCAGCACCGUCACCGCCACCGCUUCUGCGACAACAACGCAAGCAUUCGAGACCCCCGUAGGCACGGACGGAGCGGCCAUGGUAGGGGUCAAGGCCCCAGACGAGGGAGGACUCAGCGGAGGAGCAAUUGCGGGCAUCGUGAUCGGAUCAAUCGCCGGUGCUUUCCUUCUGUUGCUGCUGUUGGCUUGUUUGUGUUGUCGCGGGGCACUGAAUUCUCUGUUCGCGUGUCUGGGUAUCGGAAGGAGAAGAAGAAAGGAAACGACGUAUGUCGAAGAUCGGUACUCUCAUCACUCGCAUGCGCAUGGUGGCAGACCCGAGGGACGCACCUGGUUCGGAGCCCGGCCCUCGGCCCCCGCGGAUGGUGAGAAGAAAUCGAAAUGGAGCAGCAUGGCGAGCAUCGGUAUCAUCCUCGGUGCGAUUGCGCUGUGUCUAGGAUUGAAGAGACGCAGAGACCACGACGAGAAGAGCGACUACACCUAUCCAAGCAGCUACUACACGUACUCGGAUUAUUACACCAACACCAGCGCAACGAAAGUUCGGAUAGGCGGACACGGCGCUCUCGACGAUCAUACCCACGCCCACCACGUUCACGACGAUCAUGAGCUUUGA